AUGGCAGCAGCUCCGUCUCUUAACCUCCUCUUCCUCAUCACUCUCUCUCUUCUCUUCAUUUCACUCCAAAGAUCUGAAUCUCUCCCCGAGAGCCCAUCCAUGAUUCUUCUAGGUGACGGUAUCGACUGGUCGAUCUCUCACGGUGGUAACGCAUUCAACAUCGAAGAAGAAAAUGCAAUGGAGGAAGAGGAGGACGUCGGUGUCGUAGAUCGACGGUCAUUGUACUGGCAUAGGAAGAGAUACUACAUCUCGUACGGUGCAUUGUCUGCGAACAGAAUCCCUUGUCCUCCCAGAUCCGGAAGAUCCUACUACACUCACAACUGCUUCAGAGCUAGAGGUCCGGUGCAUCCGUACAGUAGAGGCUGCUCUUCCAUUACUCGAUGCCGGAGAUAAACUAGAGAAGAAAAGACUUGCUGCGUUAUCCAUGGGUGUUUUCGUAAUUUACUAUCAACCGGACCAUGUUUUGUACUGUUUUCGAUGUGUUGUGUAGUAAAACCGUGUUUAAUUCCGUUUAAUUAAAUCUCGGGGAGUAUUAUUCCACUGCUAUCUAUCUACAUGUAUUAAUUUUGCUACUUUUGUCGGUGGAUUUUAAAUUGUCUUUUGUACUGUUAAUCACUCCAACUUAAAACCGGGAAGAAUCACAUGUAUUUGGAUUUAUCUGUCAGAUAAUGUUUUGGCUCCUAUAUAUGUGGCUCUUGAAUGUGAUUUUCAUUACUUGUUGGGUCGUCGUUUAUUAUUGGGCAUUUACGUUAUUAGGCGUUUCCUUACGGCCCAUUUUAGGAGUUUUCGUAGUGGGUGAUAGGACCUGGACCUGUGUGAAUAUAGUGGUUGUUGUCAUUUCAUCACGUGUACAAACUACGUAGAAGAACUGUCUUCCA